AUGCCUGCUGGUGAAGAAUGUGAAUAUAAUGAAGAAGGACAGUAUGACCAUAAAGGAAGUGAAUUGUUGAGGAAAAAGAAAAAAUUUCCUGAUUGUCUUCGGGAGGACUUUAAGAUAAACAUCAUAGGUGAAAAGGAUGAUUCACCAGUUCAUUUCUGUGACAUAUGUGCUUUGCCUAUUAAAAUCUAUGGGCGAAUAAUUCCGUGCAAGCAUGCUUUUUGCUAUUACUGUGCUAAUUUCUAUGAAAAACAUGGAGAUAAGCUAUGUCCAGGCUGUAGUGAUCCUGUGCUGCAAAUUGAGAAGCAUACACGAGGUUCUAUCUUCAUGUGUGGCACUGUUCAGGGAUGCAAGAGAACAUACUUGUCUGAGAAAGACUUACAGGCUCAUAUCAACCACUGCCAUAAGAUAGCUGGAAAACUUGUUACCUGUGCUUCACUUGAAGAAGUUUAUCCUUGUAUUGCUUCACCGCUAACUGAAAUCCACACAACGCUGCUAGGCAAGGGCCGUAUAAGCCAUACUGCACCAGAGCAGCACACCAUGAUGCCACCACCUACAGUGCAACAUGCGCCACACAAGCACUGUAAUCAGCCACAUGAGGGUAUUCAUGCCCCUCCAGCAGGAUUGUCUCCAUCUCCAUCUUCUUCCGUCCAUCAGGAAACUGUUUAUAUUUCAACAAGAGAACACAAUUUAAUAAUUGUUCCUAUUCAGGAUGAUUCAAAUUCUGGUGCUAAGGACCUACCACCUCCUGCCCCAGCACCUGCUCACUAUCAUCUUGAAUAUCAAAGUCAAUCAGUGGUAUCACACGCUUAUCAUAUUAUACCUCCGGAACAGCAUUACACACCACCUCCACUACCAGUGAACCAUCCUAUUCCAUAUUCUCCUCAGGAUGUACGUACUCAUGACUUGGUUUGUAGCCAACUGCCAUCUCCAACCACGACCUUUGAUCUAUCACCAAUAAUCUCUUCCCUUGGAUAUAUUAUUGCUGAGGUGCCACCUUGCAUGAAUUCUCCUCCAGGUUCUCCCCAGUCUCAAAACAGUGAUUCAUCUGUAAGUGAAUUCCCUCUUGACAAUUAUAGUCCUAACUCUUUAACCCAGUUUACUGAAGAUCAAGAAACUCUGAGCCCUUCAUGUACACAAACAGAUGGAAUAAGUCCUGGUAUAUGGCCUACAUCAAAAGAACUGCCACCUCAUCCACCAAUACAGGGUCUACCUUCUCCAACCCUACAUCCUGGAUUACAUCAUUCAUAUCAUAUGAGCUAUAGACCAUAUUAA